AUGAGCAACGAGGAACAGACCCGCCGAGGUAUCGCCAUUGACCCCGAAGUUACGGGUAGUGAUGACAAUGACAUUAGUGAUGAUGUAGAGAGGGCGCCCAAUGACGAAAAACAUGUCGAGGCAUUUGACGUAAGUAAUGACAUGGCUGAUAAAUUUCCAUCUGCCGAGGUCAUCGGCGUCGAUAUCUCGCCCACUCAGCCUUCCUGGACGCCUCUGAAUGUCAAGUUUCAGAUCGACGAUGCUCAGUUGGACUGGACCUUUGAGCCAGCUUCCUUCGACUUUAUCCAUGUUCGCUAUAUGCAUGGUGCCUUUGAUGACUGGCCAAAGCUGUAUAGGCAGAUGUUCAAGUUUCUCAAGCCUGGUGGUUGGUUCCAGCAUAUCGAGCCCAAUAUUCACUUGAAGUGUGAGAACCCCAAGUCGGUGGCUGAGAACGAAACUUUCAAGCAAUGGGCCGAGCUCUUUUUCGAUGCCGGUGACAAGAUUGGCCGCACCUUUAGAGUCACCGACGGCAUCAUGGAGGAGUCUGCCCGAGAAGCAGGAUUUAAAGACAUUGUGCAUAAGAUCAUCACAAUUCCUCUUAGCGGCUGGCCAAAGGAGGAGAAACUCAAAAAGGAAGGCCAGUUUGUUGGUCUGUACAUGGACUUGAGCUUGGAUGGGUUUGCUUUGUACCCCAUUGGACAGAUCCUGGGUUGGAGCCGCGAGAAGGUGGACGAUAUUGUUUCCAAGAUGCGGGCUAUCAUUCGGAAUCCCAGGCACCUUGGUAGUGGAGAUAUGCACAUCGUAUAUGGCCGAAAGCCACUCAAGACGGAUGAGUGA